GAUUGGUUUGAUUUCUUGUCAAUCUCAGUCUGUAACAGUUGCCCCGGUAACGGAGUCUGGCUUUGGCGGACGCCGACUCUCCGAGCGAGGCGUGUGCCCGAGGCCUGUCCGCCAUGGCCCAGCUGGAGCUCUUCUCUCACCCCGGGCCCGGCGUCCGCUACCGCGCCGGGCUCUGCUCCACGGCGGCGCUGGGGCUGCUGCUGCUGUGGGCACUCACCUAUCUGCCGCCGCUGCUGGUGGCGUACCGGAGUCAGGGACUUUGGCUGAAGCAAAGUACCUACAUGGAGCAGCCCACAGUACAGUUUCAGUAUGAGGUACUGCUGGUGGCUAUGACUGGAGCUGACCCAGGCAGCUUCCUGGCUUGGAGCACAUUUCCAGCCUUCAAUCGCCUCCAGGAAGACCAACUGCGAGUUCCACUCAUCUCGACUAGAGAAGAAGACAAGAAUCAUGAUGGCAAAAUGGACCAAUUACAUUUUAAAUUAGAGCUUCCUCUACAAUCUACAGAACAAGUACUUGCUGUCCAGCUCAUUCUGACUUUCUCCUACCAAUUACAUAGGAUGUCAACAUUUGUGAUGCAGAGCAUGGCUUUUAUCCAGUCGUCCUCCCCUAUUCCAGGGUCUCAGCUUUAUGUGAAUGGAGACCUGAAAUUGCACCAGAGGCAGUCACUUAGCCAUUGUGGUGUAGACAUCAGAUACAAUGUAUCUGUGAUCAAUGGCACCAGCCCUUUUGCAAGUGACUACGAUCUCACUAACAUCAUUGCAGCAUAUCAAGAUAGAAAUGUAACAACAGUUCUUUCUGAUUCCAACCCUGUUUGGCUGGUAGGAAGAGCAGCAGAUGCGCCAUUUGUGAUUAAUGCCACUAUCCGUUACCCAGUGGAAGUUAUUUUAUAUCAGCCAGGUUUCUGGGAAAUGAUCAAAUUUGCCUGGAUCCAGUAUGUUAGUAUCCUGCUUAUCUUUCUUUGGGUGUUUGACAGGAUAAAAAUAUUUGUGUUCCAGAAUCAGGUGCUGACUACAAUACCAGUGUUGCCAGUUUCCUCUUAUAAACAGCACCAGUCCUGAGAAAAUGCCUGAAAUGACUUUAAAGAGACUUAGGAUAAGAGAAUCUACUUAAUUUUUGUUCUCUUUAGAAUUCUCAUAUUUCUGAAGGUGGGGAACUUCGUAAGUUACAUUCUGGAUCAUGUUCUGUUAGUGCUACAACAGACUAGAGUGUCUGGACAUUUUUAUUUCUUUGUAUUUAGUAGACCUCAUGUUGCUGUGAGAGAACACUGCUUUGGGAUUAUUGUGUGCUCUCAUGUUUUUGACAGUCCAAGAAGAAUGUUAUCUUUUGCAAUAUGACUGCAUUUCAAAAGCCAUGCAAGCCAACAUGGCACCUGUUCUGCUGAAAUCUGUACCACCUUUGACUGAUCAGAUAUGCUUUUAAUUUGGCUAAAAUACACAAUAUAAUAAUUGAAAGGCACAUGGUAACAAUAACUGUGUUAACUACUUGUACUGUCUUAGUUUUGUAUAUAGAAAACUGAAGUCUUAGUUUUUUAUAUAGAAAACUGAAGUUCUAUUAAACCUUUAACUGUGUUGAGGAGUGGGAAUGGGAGGGGAGAAAUUUUAAAAGAAUAGUGAAGAGGCAAAGGCAUAUCUUUGUAAAGGUUAUGAUCUACUGAAUCUAUUCAUCCUAUUUGUAUACGUGUGUUGUUUUUGUAUUCGAAGUCAUGAAUCUUGGGUGUGUACUUGCUUGAUUUCUAAGUAGCCUUUGUAAAGCAUUUAAUCAGCUUCUUGACAAAGGAAUGUGCAAAAAAUGGCUGCUGCCUAUAAAAACUGAGUCACGCAUGGACAUGUGACUUGCCCAUGUGACUCCAAAACUCCAUCUUGGAGCUGGACUUUGCAUAGGAGAGAGGAGU